AUGCCUCGCUAUGAUGAUAAAUAUGGCAAUACCCGUCUCUACGUAGGACGCCUGUCUUCGGACACCCGGUCCCGUGAUCUUGAGCGAGUCUUCAGCAGAUAUGGAAGAGUUCGAGGGGUGGAUAUGAAGAAUGAUUUCGCCUUUGUUGAAUUUAGCGAUCCUCGAGAUGCUGAUGAUGCUAGAUAUAACUUGGAUGGCCGUGACUUUGAAGGAAGUCGCAUUAUUGUUGAAUUUGCCAAGGGGGGUCCUCGUGGUUCCCGGGAAUACGUGGGUCGGGGUCCACCUCCUGGAUCUGGACGAUGCUUUAACUGUGGAAUUGAUGGUCAUUGGGCCCGAGAUUGCAAAGCUGGGGAUUGGAAGAACAAAUGCUACCGCUGUGGGGAAAGAGGUCAUAUAGAGAAGAACUGCAAGAACAGUCCCAAAAAGUUGAGCAGCAGGUGUGGACGGAGUCUUUCAAGGUCACCAGUCAGGUCGAGGUCAAGGUCUCCUCGUCGUGGAAGAAGCAGGGAUCGAAGCUACAGCGGUGACCGCAGCUACAGUCGAUCGAGGUCUCCAGUCAGAAGAGAGAGAAGCCCUAUUUCCGAAGAUAGGUCACGGAGUCCUAGGCCCUCCAAGAUAAGGAGGCAUAGUGGAUCACCUGACCGUAGCAGCCCACAGAAGAGAGGUGACACAUUUCCUGGUAAUGGUGAUAGGUUGGUCACUCAGCGAGAUGGGUCUGAGUUCAGUGAUGGUCCUAGAGGCAAGAGUAGAAGCCCUGCCAGUCCUGCAAGGGACGGCAAUGAGUAUGGCUAUGAUAUCCCUAAAACUAAUGGGCGUAGCCGGAGCCCUAGGGAGGAUGACAGGAGCCCCAUUGAUGAAGAUGAUGGCAACCAUCGCCGCUCACAGUCACCUUAG